AUGGAUGACGCUUCUUGGGACAAGGAGGGCCAGCGCAGGCAACUGUUCAGCGGAGCCAGCCCUCGUGCUGUCGACGUGAUCCGCAGGAGAAGAAUGACGUCGGGGCGCUGCCGCUUGCGAGUGGUCACAGAGCGUCUCCUCUGUGGACGACAGGGAGAUGCUGCCAAGGCCAAAGAAGCUUCGAAACCACUUCAGGGUCCACUGACACCGUUGCUAGCCCGUCGAAGCGCGGCAAAAUCGUACAAACGUCACUCUUCUCGCCCUAACAAAGAAGUUAAAUUCUACGAGAUCUGA